AUGGCUAAAGUUGAUGAUAAGAUAAGCGAUAUCAUUGGCACUGAUGAUAAGUUGAUACUUGAUUUUGUAAAGAACAUCAAGGCAAAAGCGAAGCAAUUUACAGAUUUUCAAGAUGAGCUAUUGAAAAUGGAGGUAGGACUCAAUGUUGACAGGAUAAGGGAACUGUACUGUCUCCUUUGUAUUUUAGAAAACAAGCGGGAGGAACCCACUAGCAUAAUAAGCAUCCUUAAAAGAGAGCUGAAACUCAGUAGCGAUUCAGAUUUGGAAAUUAUACAAGGGUUUGUAUCCGACGUGCUAAAGAAAUGUCGAACAUGGGGCGAGUUUAAAAACAAAAUGAACACUUUCGAAAGUGGACUUGGUGAGGAGGCACUUAUGUCUAUUUUUGAAACUCAUCAAAGUUUGCAAGUAAAACAGAGUUCUAUAAAUGAUAACCAAAGCCGAGUGGACGUGAAAAAAGAACAGGAUGAACAGGAGUCUAGCUGUUUAACACUACCUGACAAAGCUGUCAAUUGGGGCAGUCUUUCUGACAUAAACGAUUUAAGAAUAAAGGUGGAAAAACCACCACCAAGAAAAACACUAGACUACAGUCCCCAAUUGAAUAAAGUGUAUCCUGGUAAGGUCAAAAGAAUAAUGCCAUUUGGAUGUUUUGUAGAGAUAGAGGGAGUGAGUGGACCAAGAUGUGAUGGGUUAGUGCAUAUUUCAGAAAUUGUUGGUGACAGGAAGAUUAAGGAUCCUUCCGAAGUUGUGGCUCAGGGUCAAAAUGUUUUUGUUCAAGUUAUCAAACAGCUCCCAAACGGCAAGAUUUCGUUGAGUAUGCAAUCGGUAGAUCAGAUAUCAGGGGAAAUAAUCAUUGAUAGAUCACACUCUGAGCUUGCAGCUGCAGAUAGAGGAAGAUCAGCGAAUAAACCAGCUGACCAUACAUACAAGAUAAAGAAGAGGAAACUUACUUCACCCGAACGAUGGGAGAUAAGACAGUUGAUUGCAAGUGGUGCGGCAUCGAUUGAAGACUACCCAGAAUUAACUGAGGAAAACGCACAAAAUAAGGACACCAAUUCUGCUGGAAGAGAUGACACUGCCAAUAACGAUAAUGAAGAAGACGACGAAGAGAGGUACGUAGAUGUUGAGUUGAACACAGAGGACAAACCGCACUUUUUAAAAAAAGAACCCAAUAUAUCCACAAGGAAAAUUGAAAUGCCUGCUUUAGUCAAGAUUCCAAGAGGUACCCUGAAUAGAGCCGCUACAGCUGGCUCCGAGACAAUGAAGAGUCACAGGGAGGAAAAAUCCCAAAAGAAGCGUGAUAUAGAACAGCAGAUCCGCAAAAGAAAGACCAUGGACGACCCAACGAAGGAUCGUCAUAAGGUAAAGCAAGAAAUUGAGACUUUGAAGAAACAACUAGUCCUUACGGAAUGGGAGAAGAAGAAAAUCAGCGAACAUAUAACCUUCGGGAAAAGAACCUCUUUGCCGCUUAGCGAACAGCGGUCUACCUUACCCGUGUACAAAAUGAGGCAAACUUUGGUUGACUCUGUACGGGACAAUCAAUUCUUAGUCAUUGUUGGUGAGACUGGUUCUGGUAAGACGACACAAAUCACGCAGUACUUGAACGAGGAAGGGUUUAGUGCGAAGGGGAUUAUUGGGUGUACCCAACCACGUAGAGUGGCCGCUAUAUCUGUUUCGAAGAGAGUUGCAGAGGAGGUUGGAUGUCGAGUCGGAGACGAUGUUGGCUACACCAUCCGGUUUGAGGACAAAACAUCAUCGAGGACCAAAAUCAAGUACAUGACGGAUGGUAUGUUGCAAAGAGAAGCACUUCUGGACCCAUUGAUGAAAAAGUACUCGGUGAUCAUGCUGGAUGAGGCUCAUGAAAGGACAGUGGCAACCGAUAUUCUGUUUGCCUUAUUGAAGCAAGCUGCCGCAAAGAGACCUGAUCUAAAGGUUAUAGUGACAUCAGCCACCUUGGACUCGGCCAAGUUUUCCGAGUAUUUCUUGAACUGUCCGAUCAUCAAUAUACCUGGUAAAACCUUCCCCGUGGAGGUUUUUUAUGCACAAUCCCCUCAGAUGGACUACAUUGAGGCAACUCUUGACUGUGUCAUGGACAUUCAUACCAACGGCGACCCAGGUGACAUCCUUGUCUUUUUAACUGGUCAAGAAGAGAUCGAUUCUUGCUGCGAGAUUCUCUACGAGAAGGUCAAGAACCUGCAAGAUGCUUCCGGUGAAUUGAUAAUACUCCCCGUGUACUCCGCCUUACCAAGUGAAAUCCAGUCGAAGAUCUUUGAACCCACGCCGGAGGGGAGUCGCAAAGUUGUGUUUGCUACUAACAUCGCCGAAACAUCCAUCACGAUCGACGGGAUCUCCUACGUGGUGGACCCCGGGUUUUCCAAGAUCAACACGUAUAAUCCACGUGCAGGGAUGGAGCAAUUGGUGGUAUCGCCCAUCUCGCAGGCGCAAGCGAACCAGAGGAAAGGUAGGGCCGGCAGAGUCGGUCCCGGUAAGUGCUACAGGCUGUAUACAGAAUCCGCAUUCUACAAUGAACUGCUACCAAACACGGUCCCUGAGAUCCAAAGGCAGAACUUAUCGCAUACCAUUUUGAUGCUAAAGGCGAUGGGCAUCAAUGAUCUUUUAAAUUUCGACUUCAUGGAUCCACCGCCUAAAAACCUGAUGCUGCAUGCUCUGACGGAGCUGUACAACCUGGAGGCCCUCGACACGGACGGGAUCCUCACCAAGCUCGGGCAGCGCAUGUCGCAAUUCCCAAUGGAUCCGACUCUAUCCCGCUCGCUGUUAUCGUCCGUAAAAAAUAAUUGCUCGGACGAAAUUAUCACGAUAAUUGCGAUGCUCUCAGUACAAAACGUGUUCUACCGACCUCGAGACAAACAACAAGAGGCGGACGGCAAGAAGGCUCGCUUCCACCACCCGUACGGCGACCACUUAACAUUGCUGAAUGUGUACACGAGAUGGGAACAGUCCAGUUUCUCUGAUCAAUUCUGCGAUCUGAACUUCCUCCACUUCCGUCAUUUGCGGCGUGCGAGAGACGUUAAGAAACAGAUUAGCAACAUUUUUCUGCAGAACAGGUUGCCCCUGGUGAAAUGCUACGGGGACCCAGACGUGAUACGGAGGACGCUGGUGGCCGGGUUCUUCAUGAAUGCCGCCAAGCGGGACUCGCAAGUCGGGUACAAGACGAUCCUGGGCGGCACGACCGUCGGUGUCCACCCGUCCAGCGCGCUGUCCGGCAAGGAGCACGACUACGUGAUAUACCAUAGUCUGGUCCUUACGAGCCGCGAGUAUAUGUCGCAGGUCACCUGCAUCAACGCGGAGUGGUUGAUCGAGUGUGCCCCACACUUUUACAAGAGUGGUGCCGCGGAAAGCCACUCGCGCAAGAGGGCUAAGAUUGUGCCCCUGCACGACAAAUUCUCCAAGAACCAGAACUCGUGGCGGUUGAGCUCCAAGAGACAGUCCCGUGAGAAAGCCCUCGGCAUCAAAAGGUGA